AUGGCUAUUCUUCUUCUCUAUGUUGAUGAUAUUCUCCUUACUGCUUCUUCUAAUUCUUUACUUAAGUCUUUAAUUCAAACUCUUAAAUCUGAAUUUUCCAUGAAUGAUUUAGGUUUAGUUACUUAUUUUCUUGGUAUUUCUAUAGUUGCUCGCAAUGGAGGUUAUUUUCUUUGUCAGUCCAAGUAUGUAAAAGACCUCCUUAGUCGUGCAAAUUUGUUAUCUUCAAAAUCGGUUUCAACACCUAUUUCUCCUAAGUCUCUACUUCAUUCCGAAGAUUCUCCUCCUUUUUCUGAUCCAACACUUUACCGAAGCCUUGUUGGUGGUCUCCAGUACUUAACUUUUACCCGUCCAGACAUCAUUUUUGCUGUUAAUCAAGUAUCUCAAUUUAUGCAUUCUCCUUUGGUCAUUCAUUAUACUGUCGUCAAAAGAAUUCUGCGAUAUUUGCAAGGUUCUGUGGAUCAUGGGUUUUUUAUUCCUAGUGGAUCUACUAACAGCUUACAAUGUUACAGUGAUGCAAACUGGGCUGGUUGCCCUGCCACUCGUCGAUCUACUUUAGCAUACUGCAUCUUUCUUGGUGUUCUUCAGGUUCAAUACGUCCCUACUCAAUAUCAACUUGCUGAUUUAUUGACCAAGGCACUUUCUUCACCAAGAUUGUUGUUCCUACGCGACAAGCGCUGCAUUCUUCCAGAUUGUGCAUCGCUUGAGGGGGAGUGA